AUGGGCUGUGGACCUUCCCAGCUUGCUGAGGAACAGAGAUCCGUCGCCGCUCCUAGGAAGGGCUGGGAAGAGGGAUUCAAGACUGAUGUGGGUGUGGCUCAUUCCAGGGACAAUUGCAGACCCCAGGUUGAGGCUCUGCGCAAGGACACUGUGGGCAGCCCCGAAGGCCUGGAAAAGCAGGUCCAGUUGGAAAGCUUACCAGGAACCAUUCCAGAAAGUUCUCCAUCUCCUAGCGGAAGAAACAGAAGAAUAAAUUUAGACUUAUCGACCAAUGGAUUAAUCCAUAAACCCCAACCCCUAGAGAAUCGAGAGCGACAAAAGUCAUCAGACAUCCUGGAGGAAUUAAUUGUUCAAGGAAUAAUACAAAGCCACAGCAAAGUAUCUAGAAAUGGAGAAUCGUACGAUGUCAUGGUGAACACGACUGAGAAGCCGCUGAGAAAGCCACCAGCCAGGCUGAAAAAACUUAAGAUCAGAAAGGACAUAAAGGGUUUCACAGCGGAGGAGCUAGAGGAGAAGAUGCAGGCGGUGGCGCAGCGCAGGAAGACAAGAGAAGAAGAAACAAGGAGACGGCUUCGGAGUGACCGCCUUUUGCCCCCCGCCAAUCGCCCGGACUCAGCCGAAUGGGGUGGCGCUGAGGUCCCACCUGCCAAAGGACAUAGCCCUGGGAGCUCUGCCGGGGGUGGCCCGUCGCACCUGCAGGGGGGAAAGCCACUGAAAAGGAAGAAGAGCCAAAGUGACGUGACCUCAAAUGGUAGAGACCACAGCUACGAAGGCAUCGACGUCGUGGAGUCAGACAUGGGCUACAACCAAGAGGAGGACAUAUUCUAA